GGGAAGUGGCGUCCAAUAGUGAAUUUUGAAGAAAGAGGUUCUUCCAGUCAAGGAACUACCUAUAUACUCUAGAAAAGACAGGGGCUCAUAUCUGAACUUCGUCACUGCCUUUUAGAUUCAGACUUUAUGUCAGAGGUAAUAACAGCCUCUCUUUCUCCAACCUGUAACUACUCGAGAUAUAGAACAGUAAACAUUCUACAUAAUAAUUUACUCAAGCCUUUGUGAUUAAUCGCUUCACACGUCGAGUGUCAUCUUCUUACUAACCAUUUUUACAUCCCACGUUUGUCUUCCGUGAAUUACCUAACAACCAUGGACGACAUGGGUUCGUAUGUUUCUCGCUCUCCCACCUGCCUUAUGACUGUAGCUAACAUAAAUCUCAGCCAUCAACGCGAUUCGACCGUUGAACGCGAAGAAGAUGGCGACUUGACAGCCAUGGAAAUUGGCUUCUCCACCAUCGGAGCAAUAUUGUUCAUAGUGCUCUUGUUUGGCAUUUAUAAAAGUAACUUCGAUAUGCCUAAUAUCAUCAGAGUUCCUGCUCGCAAAACAUGGAGGUGGUUGGUCAAUGGCAUUCGCUGGAUCUGCUGUGUUAAGAGAGAGGAUCCGGCUCAGCAUCAGCCGCAAGAGGAAGGAAUUGAGCUGCAUGGGAUUUCAUCUGCACAGACGGCGGUGGCUUCGAUGGCGGCUUCGUCUGUACAGACAGUGGUGGCUUGAGUCUACUUGGUUGGGACUGGUUGGCUCUGCGGACUGGUGACGUUUACAAUUGUGUGAUGAAGAGAGCGGUAAGCGAUGGGUACUUGUAUAGCGAGUGUGAAGAAUGGAACGGGGGUUUGCUGUUUGGCUAGGAAUACUUUAGCGUUUGGGUCAAUAAGCCGAGAUGUGGG